AUGGAAUCCCGCGGUUUGACUCUCCGCAGCAAGUCGCGUCGCCCUCGCCCCCAGAUCAGUGCCCCGAAACCCAUCUCCGGUCCUCUGCCGCCUUCCCAUAAACCGGCCGAUCCCGGCCAGCCACCGACGACCGCAAGCUCCUCGCGUUCUCGCGAACGCACCCCCCAGAAUGAUGCGACCUCUGAUCUAGUCAAGCGGCGCUAUUCCACUCGGUUCAAUCAGACCCCGGAUUUCGAUGUCAAUGCCCCUCCAGUCCCCGGCCUUCCCAAGAUUCCGCCCCAGUUUGGUGGCCUCAGCCCACCCCAGCAGCAGAGUAGAAGACCGUCGGGAGAAUCUACGGGGCCCCCGCAGGUAGACUUGAAUGUUUUGCGCGAUCCCAGCUUGCCUGUCGAUAGAUACGUGGCCAACCUACUCAGCAAUGCCACUGAGGAAGACAUCGAAGAGUACCAGAAAAGCCUCCGGAAGGUGAAAAACAGGACGUCCACCGAUCUGCAACAAAAUGUUUAUCAGAACCGUACACAAUUCAUCAAAAUCAGUCAGGAGGCCGACAAGCUCAAAGGGGAGAUGCGCACUCUCCGGACCUUGAUGUCCGAACUCACCACGGCCCUGGGACAGACAUCCAUUGGCAACUCUCCGAACCCGAUGUCACCAACAGUCGACGAACGCCUACCGAAACGCAACGCAAAUCGAAGCUCCGUCGCUAAUCUGGAAAGCAUGUGGAACGUACAGCUGCAGACCUUGUGGAAGACCGUUGAGGGGUCCCAGAAGUUCCUUCCCGUUGUUCCCGGUCGGCACAUUGUGAUGGAAACGGGGCAUUGGGUCGAGCUGGACUCGGCGACCUGGAAGCCGAGGCGACCCGUCCAUAUUGUGCUUCUCAACGAUCAUUUGUUGGUGGCAGCUAAGAAACGGAAACGCGUCGACCAAAGCAACCCCAACCAUCGCGGGCCAAUCCCAACCAAACUAGUCGCCGAGGAGUGCUGGCCGCUGCAGGAUGUCGACAUGAUCGAUUUGGGCGCCAACCUUGGGCCUGGAGUAUCGCGCGAGGAGGCUGAAGACCGUGGGAUCACCAACGCUGUCAACGUCCGCGUGGGAUCAAAGCCAUUCACUUAUCGUCAUGACAAGCGGGACAGCUCUGCUAAAAGUGAGCUUCUAGCUACCUUCCGAAAGACCGUAGAGGAUCUACGACGGACCCUUCGAUCGGAAACCGAAGCAGCCAGCAAAUCCAACGAGUCGUACAACUACUUGGGAGCCAGGCAGUCGAUCUACGCCGUCAAGCCGGAUGCCCUCGAUACCAUGGAUUUCUCGAGCGAUCCGCCGGAGGUACGCAUCGAUGUGGAUGGCAAGCAGCAGAAUUUGCGUUGGGUGGAGGGUCAAGUGGACGAGCUCGAUAUCGACAUUGCGUUGCAGCGAUUUGAAGAAGCUGUCGCUAAUAUUGAGCGACUACGCAAGCUCGCACGAGGUCUCAAGGGUAACUCGGUCGCGCAGGACGUGAUCAAUGUUAAGGUCGACGAGCGAGCUGCCAAAUUAGCCGGGGUCUUAUCUCGAUCUUUGGUCGACACGCAUUCGUUCAUGAAUGCAACCAAGACCAAGGUCGGAUGGUUAACCCGCCUCGGGUUCGAGGACCAAGCGCGGGAAGCCUACCUUAAGACUCGAACGGACAUCGUUUCGAAGCGAAUCCGAGCAUGUGUCUUCGAAGGCGACCUCCCCCUCUACAUAUUCCAGAUUUCGUUCGUUUACUUCACGCUGAUCAAGAACACCAUCAGCAUCUACCAACAAUGCUUCCCAGCCGUCAUGACCAGCGCCUGCAUCAAAUGGGCCAAAUUCCACCUAGACGGCUUCAACGCCCUUCUCACCCGCCAACUCAGCAGCGUCCAGCGCGGCACUACGGUCUGGCAAAAAUGCAUCGACAUCGUGCACGAACAGGCCAGCCUGCUUUCCGAGGUCGGUGUGGAUUUCACAGAUCUAGUAGCAAAGGGCUUAGACACGAACGGCGAUGAGCCGACGCCCCAGAUGACACGCUCGGAGUCAUUGAUUGCUGGUUUGGCCGAGGCCCCCAGGGCUUAG